AUGGCUGCUGCUGUGCGAAGAAAGGCCAUCAGACCGCCCCUUCGAAAGUCUGCCACUGUCUCUUCUUCCUCAUCUCGAGGCCUUCCACCACCAACAUCCUCAGCUGUCGCCGCCCGUGAGAAGAAGGCUUCCGCCAGAUCAGCAGGAGCAGAAAUAGAUCCAUUGAUGGCGGCCAGUUUUCUACCAUUCUGUUCGUUUUGCGAGAAGCAAAUUGUAAUUCCCAACAACGGGAUUUUAUAUUGCAGUGAAGCAUGUCGACGACGGGAUCGAGAUACAAAGUCAAAUCCAAGUUCUGCACCUGUCAGCGGCUCGGUUCCGCUUCAGCUCCAUGGUGGUUUCGGAUCAUGUAGUACUCCUCCAAUAUCUCCUAGACUGGGUUAUGCCGACAUUGCCCCGCCGAAUCUAAUUGCUCCAUCGUCGCCGACAUCCGCUCGUUCGAUACCCAUGGCAAGAACUGUAUCCAAUCCUCUGGGGGACUAUGGCCAUGUAUCCUUUUCUCCGCCAUCCGACCCCAUCCCUCUCCAUCGAAGGCCGGCAUAUGAAAUAUCAUACCCGAGCAUAUCUGCGCCGCCUUCGCCUACAAGCAGCAGUGGGGUGUUUCUGCCAUCCAAACGCCCUCACCAUCUACCUCGCAAUAACACUUUCACAUCAAUACCCAGUCUUACAAAUUCGCCUGCGGCAAGUAGUACAUCUUCACAUGGAACAUAUAAUCCAUACCAGGGGAACUUCGCUCGUCCACUACCUCCAAUUCGUAAUCCUUAUGCUUACUCACACAACUCUUCGCCACGAUCUAUCGACCUUGUAACCCCGAUCAACAGCAUAACAUCACAGCCGGCUGAUAUGAUUUCUAUGGGCCCACCUGCUGCAUUGACAGAACAGCAAAUUUACGAAAAACAAGCAGUCUACAACCAGGGACAGGGUCAAGGAAGCCUCAAGAAGCUCUUCAACUUCGAGGGCAUGCGAGCACCACCGCAGCCAAUGAUGCGAAGCUCGCCGAUGGCUAGUCGAGCAGCUAGCCCGGGCCCCUAUAUGACGACUAGCAGGUCGAGUAGCCCAACUCCUGGGGAGAGCACAAAGCUUAGAAGCACCUGGACCGAUAUCUAUUAA